GAAAGCAAUAACCCAUCAAACUCUUAUCCUUCAUUCAAAAAUCCCAACAAUUUUUUUUCUUUUUAUUAUAGAAUGAGAAAUAAAGAAAGGUGAAAAAAAAGGUCGACCCCACCAUGGAAAGCUCACAAUUAGCAAAAGAAAACCAAAAUGUGGAAAAACUGCACCAGCAAUUCAUGAAUUUGCAACAAGAUUGGGACUCUUUCAAACAGUCUAACCCAAAAACAAAGCGCAGAUAUUCAUAUUCUUCAUCAGCAAAUCAUUCAAACUCCAUGGUCAGAAAUCUGCAACUCCUAGACACUUCACCAAGAAACCUAAUGUCUUCUCUUCAGAGUAGUGCAAUUUCUCCAUUAGAAGGGGCAUGGAAGGUGAGGACCAAUGAUUUGGCAGUGCAAGAGAUUAUCAGAGAGAGAAGGGAAGCCAUUAAAAGUGGUAAGUUAAAGGGUAGGAGACUCUUUCAGGGUUUUGAUAAUGAAAAUGUUGAAAUGGGUUUUGAACCAGAACAAGAAGAAGAAGAAGAAGAUUUUAGAGUACUCUGUGAUUGGAAUGGUUUUGUUCAAGAAAGUGAAGUGAGAUCAAUGUCUUUCAAUGAUUCAGAUGGUGAUGGAAUUGAAUCUGAUGCAAACCCUUUUCGUUUACAGGGCUGUUCUUCUUCUUCAAGAUCAUCAAUUUCAUCUUCUCUGUCUCUGUCUGGUACGAAAUCUGAGAGAAAAAAACAUGGUGAAGGAGUGGUGGAAGGUCGUGUGAAAGAGGAAAAUGAUAGCAAAAAUGGUGGAGAUGGAAACUGGGGAAGGAAGUCAAGGAACAUGGUUUUGAAGAGUAAUUGGGUUGCUUUUAUUUUCUUUGUACUUGCAAUUUGCAUUAUUAGAAUUUUUGGUGGUCGAUUUGGAUAUGGAUAUGGUGAUGAAAGUCAGGAUAAGGUGAUUUUGAUACCAACAUGAGUAUCUUUUUUUUCGAUCAUCUUUUUCUUAUGUAGAGACUUUAAUUACAUGAUCUUUGUUAAUCUUCUUAAUUUUGUGUAUAAUCUUUUUUCCGUUACAUAUAUUCAAUCAUAAU